UGUCAAUACCUAUCGAUAGCGGCUAAAAAAAAGUUUGUGGAAAAAAUUUUCUUUACUCUUGUAGAUGCUAAUUGAAUAAACUUUGUUGUGUGACAAUUGUGCAAUGGAAACAAGUUUGGAUGAAAGCAUGGAUGCUGAUAGAGCAAGUCCAAGUCCUCAAGACUCCCAAUCGCAAACUUCUCCAGCUAUAAAUGGCAAACCUGCUGGAGGCGGUAUUGGUAGUCAAGACGGCAUAAACGGGGUGGCAGUUGCUAAAGAAAAAGCAAAUGCCAGCGAAUUGCAAUGGAGCAAGCCAUUCAACGCUUUUAGCGGCCGUCCAAUGGGUGAACACACGCAAAUGCAGCAGCAGCAGCAACAACAGCAGCAACAACACCAGCAACAACAACAACAACAACAGCAACAGCAACAGCAACAACAACAGCAACAACAACAACAACAGCAAGCCCAGCAUAUGGCUAACAGUCAGUCGGGUGUAAACGGGGUGGCACAGGCGCCAGAAAUUUGGGUAGAAACUAAAGCUGACGACGGGCGCUCGUAUUAUUAUCAUGCGGUAACUCGUGAAACGACUUGGACCCGGCCGGAAGGUUUAAAUUUGAAAAUUAUGACACAAAGCGAGGUCGAGGAGCUGGCCAAACGACAGUCAAAUGCCGCUGUAAAGCCCGACAAAAAUCUAACCAAUCAUGCUGAUAUUUCAGCUGGCGCAGCAGCGGUGUCCGGCCACUCACAUUUAACAUCUCAACCUCCACCGCAUCUUUUAAACCAACCACCGCCAAAUACUGCGGCACCGUUGCUAAGUCAGCCGCCUCCGAAUGUGCGACAACAGCCGCCACCGAUGUUUCAACAGCCACCUGGUAUGCAGCCGCCCCCUGGCUUUGGUCAGCCACCGCCAUUUUGCAUGCCUCCGCCCGCUUACGGUUUUCCUGGUGCUACACCUACUGGGCCCUGGGGCGUUGGAGUGCCGCCGUGGCAGCAGCAACAUAUGCAUGCACCGCCCGGAGCGUCACAGGAUAAGCCUGCUAAAAAUCUGAUCAUAAAGCCGGGCGUCAUUGACCCGGCAGUUAUUGCGCGAGCAGCGGAAUGGUCUGAACAUCGUGCUCCCGAUGGUCGACCCUAUUACUAUCACGCAGCACGCGGCGAAAGCGUAUGGGAGAAACCACAAGCGCUGCGCGAUAUGGAAGCGGCACGCAUGGCAGCUCAUUCGGGCGCAUCACCACAAACUUCAGUUGGACCUCCAGCUGGAAUGCCGCCUCAUUUGCUACCCAACCCGCUAAUGCAUAUGCCGCCGGGUGCAGCACCAGGAUUUGAUCAGCAAAUGGCAUUCGCCGCUGCAGCAGCAGCCAUGAAAGCUAAUAGUGAGAACAACAAAGCUGCACAGGCUGCAGUGUUGGAAAAAGAGGCUAAGAAGGCGGCCGAGGAGAAACGUAAGAAAGACGAAGAGCAGAAGAAGCUCGCUGUAGCAGCUGCUACUGCAAAGCAAACUGACAAGUCACGCCCAGUGACCAGCACGCCAAUUGCGGGCACACCAUGGUGUGUGGUUUGGACUGGUGACGCGCGUGUCUUCUUUUACAAUCCAUCAACGCGUACUUCCGUUUGGGAUAGACCCGAAGAUUUGAUGAAUCGCGAGGAUGUCGAUAAGGCGGUAAAUGAACGACCCGAGCAAUUAAAAUCAGCAGAAGAGAAAUCUGCUGAGUCCGACAAGAAACCUACCGAUAAUAUUACUGCGCUGGAGAAGCUGGCUUUAGGACAACAGCAACCACAGCAGCAGCAACAGCUACAGCGCUUAGAGCCAGAUGAUGAUGAAGAUGAUGAGAUCAUCAAAAUACGCACCGAGUCCGAGUCAAGCGUGGAGGAGGUACCAACAAAACGUGUGCGUACGUUUACUAAGACCAAAAAAAAUGAGGAUGCUGUGCUAGAGGCAGAACAGCGUGCGGCUAAGGAGCGCGCAUUGGUGCCGCUAGAGACACGCGUCACUCAGUUCAAGGAGAUGCUGCGCGAAAAGGAUGUUUCCGCUUUCAGCACCUGGGAAAAGGAGCUGCACAAGAUUGUGUUUGAUCCGCGGUAUUUGCUACUGACAUCAAAGGAACGCAAACAGGUAUUUGAAAAGUAUGUGAAGGAUCGCGCCGAAGAGGAGCGUAAGGAGAAACGCAAUAAGAUGCGACAGAAACGCGACGAUUUCCGUAAAUUAAUGGAGGAAGCCAAGCUGCACGGCAAGUCGUCGUUUUCGGAAUUUAGUCAGCGGAAUGCCAAGGAGGAGCGGUAUCGUGCCAUAGAGAAGGUACGUGAGCGUGAGAGCUUGUUCAAUGAGUAUAUCGUCGAGGUGCGUCGGCGUGAGAAAGAGGAUAAACAGCUAAGGAAAGAGCAGAUACGCAAGGACUUUUUGGAUAUGCUGCGAGAACGCCAUGAUAUUGAACGGCAUACGCGCUGGUAUGACAUCAAGAAGAAGUUUGAAUCUGAUUCACGGUAUCGGGCAGUAGACUCCAUGUACCGAGAGGAGUAUUUUGAGGAUUACCUGCACAUUAUGAAGGAGGAGAAGCGCAGAGAUCGGGAACUUCGCGAUCAGCGCGACAAGGAGCGCCAACGAGAACGCAAAUCAGAUCGUCGGGAAAAGGAUAAGGACAAAGACAAGAGCAGAAAAGACAGCCGUAGAGAGCGCAGCCGUUCAAAAGAACGAGACUGCAAAUCUUCACGUGACAAGGAGGAGAAGGGCAAAGAUCGCAAGAGACAGGAUACGCCGGAGGAGGGUGAACACCGCGACGAAUCGGAACAGGAGGAGCGUGCCGGUAGCGAGGACAGCGAAAUGGCACGGCAGCGCGAAACCGAAGCAGAACAGAAACAGAAGGACCGCGAACGCAAGUUGCGUGCAGAGCAGAGUAUCAGGGAGCGAGAAAAGGAGGUACAUCGCACACUAGCUGGUCAUCUGCGCGAUCGUGAUAAGGAGAGGGAGCAUCAUAAGCGGGACGAGUGCAUUGGACACUUUACAGCCCUCUUAACUGAUCUGGUGCGCACACCUGAUUUCACAUGGAAAGAGGUAAAGCGUCAGCUUCGUAAGGAUCAUCGCUGGGAAUUAAUUGAGACACUUGAUCGAGACGAUCGUGAACGAAUCUUCAACGAGCAUAUUGACAAUCUGAUGAAAAAGAAACGCGAAAAAUUCCGCGAAAUGCUUGAUGAUAUUAGCUCACUACAAUUGACUAGCACCUGGAAAGAAAUUAAGAAACAAAUCAAGGAUGAUCCGCGUUAUCUAAAAUAUAGUUCAGAUAAAGGAGAGCGCGAGUUUCGUGAUUAUAUUAAGGAUAAAACCAUGCAGGCCAAGACAGCGUUGCGUGAACUAUUGCAGGAGUGUAAAUUUAUUACACACAAGAGCAGUGAUCUCAUCAAGGAGAAUGUCAAUCACCUUAAGGAAAUCCAGGACAUUCUCAAAAACGACAAACGCUACUUGGUGCUGGAUCAUUUGGAUGAAGAGCGCAGUAGUAUUCUAGCAGCUUUCUUGGACGAGAUGAAUAAGCGUGGACCUCCACCGCCACCAACAGCUUCAGAGUCAACACGUCGCAAUAAGUGAUGCUAAAAUCAUACUAUUCAUUACAAACAACUCAAACCCCAUUUAUAUUAAGCAUUGAAAUAAUGUAGCACCUAAAAACCAUAUUUUAAACCUUAUAAGUGCAUGCCACAAUGUACUUUACAAUAAAUGCAAAAUGAAAAU